CCCACCAGUCAGUCUAUCCACUGCGCCCCUGCUCCCACUCCCCCACCUUCUCCGAGAUGCCGCCCCUCCCCUCCACCGCCGCGGCGGCGGCGGCGCUGCCUCGCCUCCGCCUCCGCCUCCGCCUCCGCAUCCCGCUGCUACCUCUCCCUCUCCCGCCUCUCGCGCCCCGCCACCACUGCCCCCACCCCCUCGUGCCCCUCCGCCGCCACCACCACCCUUCCCCGCACCCGCGCCUCCUCCCGCUGGCGGCCGCGCUCCCUCCCCCACCCCCCGAGGAGCUGCUCCCCUCGCAGGCCACGGGGCUCGUCGCGGCGUCGCAGGCCAACUUCAUGCGCGUCAUCGUGGACGCCGCGGCCCCGGGGCUGGAGCACCACCGCGGCUCCGACCUGCUCUGCGUCGUCCGCGCCCUGCUUAAGAAGAUUCGCCGCCGCGUCCUCGUCGGGGACCGCGUCCUCGUUGGCGCCGUCGACUGGACCGACCGCCGCGGGAUGAUCGAGGACGUCUUCGAGCGGAGGUCCGAGGUCGCCGACCCGCCCGUCGCCAACGUCGACCGCCUCGUCGUGCUCUUCUCCCUCGACCAGCCACGCCCCGAGCCCGCCACACUCACCAGGUUCCUCGUCGAGGCCGAGUCCACGGGGAUUCCAUUCGUGCUCGUCUUCAACAAGGUCGAGCUCGUCGACGAACAGACAAUAGCUUACUGGAGAGAUAGGUUAAAGAGUUGGGGUUAUGAUCCACUCUUUCUAAGUGUUGAUAAGCAAUCUGGAUUUACUGCUCUUGAAGAGAUGUUGGAAGGACAAACAACUGUAGUUGUUGGUCCAAGUGGUGUUGGGAAGUCCAGUCUGAUCAAUGCUUUGAGGUGCAACCAGAACAUAUCAGAAGAAGAUCCAAUACAUAAACUCCUUGAGCAGAAUAGUAAAUGGUUUGGUGAACAACGUGUUGGAACUGUGUCCAAGAAAAGCGGUAAAGGAAAACACACAACACGCCAUGUCUCAUUGCUCCCUAUACCUGGUCAAGGCUUCCUUGCUGAUACACCUGGAUUUAACCAGCCUAGCCUGAUGAAAGUGACCAAAAAGAGCCUUGCGGAAACAUUUCCUGAGAUAAGAAAGAUGCUGAAAGAGAAUGAGCCCUCGAAAUGCUUAUUUAAUGAUUGUGUUCACCUUGGUGAGCGUGGAUGUGUUGUGAAAGGUGACUGGGAAAGGUAUCCAUACUAUCUCCAGAUGCUUGAUGAGAUCAAAAUUAGAGAAGAAAUCCAGCUACGGACAUUUGGAACAAAAAGAGAAGGUGAUGUCAGGUACAAAACAGGUGUCAUGGGAGUGAAGCAAGCAGAGCCUCGUCUUGAACUCAAGAAGCACAGGAGGGUGUCUAGAAAGAAGAUUAACCAAUCAAUUCUUGAUGAAAUUGAGGAUGACAUUGAUGACCGCGAUGAUGACUACCAGUUUGAUGACGUCAAGCAGCGUUCUAGGAAACGAUAAUCGUCUUUCAUCUGAUGAUCUAAUGACUACACAAGUCUAAUCAUUGGCAUGAAGGAAUCUAUGGGUGCUGUCAUAGUUUGUUUGCGGUGCUGUACUGUGCCCUUGAGUGGUUGAGCUGAUCACUGUAAAUAGAUGCACACUAGCAGUCUAGUGGGGAAACCGUAGACAUUUGCACCUGACCCUUAAUGUUGAGUGCUUUGUUUCCUGGCCCGUGGCAGAACAGUAAGACCAAAGUUUAGUUAACUUAUCUCCCACGAAUUGGUUUCAUGCACUGCCAUGUUGCUGGCGAGGUCAGUGGCAUAGCCUUUAACCUAAUUGUGAUAUGUGCUGUGCGCGUGUGGUUUACUCCAUUAAAAUGGCACACAGUGAUUGUACAUGGAAAGAAUAUAUUUGAUUGUAAGUUUGGAUGAAUGGAUGGUACCGAUGUGUGCAUGAACAAAUUGGAAACAAAAUGUCAACACAUAGAUGUUUUACUGUGUAAAGUUGAAACUCAUUGAUAGAAAAAUUCAAAAACAUAUUCUUGAAG